AUGAACCCUCCUUCGGCAGCCGGCGAGGAGAAGGGGGCUGCGGGAGGCGGCGGCGGCAGCAGCAGCAGCAGCACCGGCAGCAAUGCUUGCCGGGGAGCCGAAGGCGGCGGGGACCCUCGGAGCGCAGCCGUGGCAGCAGCAGAGCCGGAGGAGCCUGGACUAACCAGCCAGAAGGAGGAAUCUCUCGAAGAGAAGCUGAAGAGUUUAACCUUCAGGAAACAGGUGUCCUACAGGAAAGCAAUAUCCAGGUCUGGCCUCCAGCAUUUGGUGCCUGCACAAAACCUCAACAUUGCAAUUACCAAUGGACCAGUGAAGGAGCCGAGAAUGGCACUGGAAUGGAGUGAAAAUGCAGUGAAUGGUGAGCACCUCUGGUUGGAGACAAAUGUUUCGGGGGACCUGUGCUACCUCGGGGAGGAGAGCUGCCAAGUCAAAUUCUCCAAGUCAGCCCUUCGAAGAAAGUGUGCGGCAUGUAAAAUCGUAGUCCACAAUGCAUGCAUGGAGCAGUUAGAGAAGAUUAAUUUCCGGUGCAAGCCAACUUUCCGAGAAGGCAGUUCUAGGUCCCCAAGAGAGAAUUUUGUCCGACAUCACUGGGUGCAUAGGCGGCGGCAGGAGGGGAAGUGCAAGCAGUGUGGAAAGGGGUUUCAACAAAAAUUCUCCUUCCACAGUAAAGAGAUCGUGGCCAUCAGCUGUUCCUGGUGCAAGCUGGCGUUUCACAAUAAAGUCACCUGCUUCAUGCUGCAGCACAUUGAGGAGCCAUGUUCACUAGGGGUUCAUGCAGCUGUCAUUGUUCCCCCUACCUGGAUCAUUAAGGUGAAGAAACCUCAGAAUUCACUGAAAAAUUCAACCAGGCGGAAGAAGAGGACGUCUUUUAAAAGGAAAGCCAGCAAAAGAGGCAAUGAGGAGAACAAAGGGAGGCCGUUUGUGAUAAAGCCUAUCUCUUCUCCUCUCAUGAAACCUUUGUUAGUAUUUGUGAAUCCAAAAAGUGGAGGGAAUCAGGGUACUAAGGUUCUCCAGAUGUUCAUGUGGUAUUUGAAUCCACGUCAGGUCUUUGACCUCUCUCAGGAAGGACCUAGAGAUGCGCUUGAAUUGUAUAGAAAAAUGCCAAAUCUGCGAAUCCUGGCCUGUGGUGGGGAUGGAACAGUGGGCUGGAUCCUCUCCAUCCUGGAUGAAUUGCAGCUGAAUCCCCAGCCUCCUGUUGCUGUGCUUCCUCUUGGCACUGGAAACGACCUGGCUCGUACCCUCAACUGGGGAGGGGGAUACACAGACGAGCCUGUAGCAAAAAUUCUCUGCCACGUGGAAGAUGGGACCAUUGUCCAACUGGACCGCUGGAACCUCCAGGUGGAGAGAAACCCUGAUUUGCCCCAAGAUGAACUUGAAGAUGGAGCACGGAAACUGCCCCUCAGUGUUUUCAAUAAUUACUUCAGCCUUGGAUUUGAUGCUCACGUCACACUCGAAUUCCAUGAAUCGCGAGAAGCAAAUCCUGAAAAAUUCAACAGCCGCUUUAGGAAUAAAAUGUUUUAUGCUGGGGCAGCCUUUUCAGAUUUCCUUCAGAGAAGCUCCAGAGAUUUAUCCAAGCAUGUGAAGGUUGUGUGUGAUGGCACAGAUCUGACCUCCAAGAUUCAGGAGUUGAAAUUCCAGUGUAUAGUGUUUUUAAACAUACCCAGGUAUUGUGCUGGCACAAUGCCCUGGGGGAACCCAGGAGACCACAGAGAAUUUGAACCUCAGCGGCACGAUGAUGGUUACAUUGAGGUCAUUGGAUUCACCAUGGCCUCCUUGGCUGCACUCCAGGUGGGAGGUCACGGAGAGAGGUUGCAUCAGUGCCGGGAAGUGACGUUAUUGACAUACAAGUCCAUCCCCAUGCAAGUGGAUGGGGAGCCUUGCCGUCUGGCUCCCUCGCUCAUCCGAAUCUCCCUGAGGAACCAGGCCAAUAUGGUGCAGAAAAGCAAGAGGAGGACAUCCAUGCCUUUACUCAAUGACAUCCAUAAGGUGCCCUCUGCUGACCUGAGGAGAGUCUCAGCUCCCCCUGAUUCUUUCGCCGUCCCCCACGCCAUCCCGGAACGCCUACGGAUCAGAGUGAACAGAAUUAGUUUACAAGAUUAUGAGGGACUGCAUUAUGACAAGGAAAAACUCCGUGAAGCUUCUAUUCCUCUGGGAAUUAUAGUUGUCCGAGGAGACUGUGACUUGGAGACUUGUCGUAUGUAUGUGGAUCGCCUAGAAGAGGAUUUGCAGUCAGUCACUUCAACUGCGCAAAGAGUCCAUUACCAGGACCAGGAAAGUUCCUUCCCAAGAGUACCGUCUGUUCAGAGACUUUCCCCUAGAUGGUGCUUCCUAGAUGCAACUUCUGCUGAUCGCUUUUAUCGCAUCGACAGAUCUCAGGAACAUUUGCACUACGUGACAGAAAUUUCGCAGGACGAGAUUUUUAUCCUGGACCCAGAGCUGGUGGCAACGCAGCCAGCAGGAACGCCUCCAGGAAUGCCUGAUCUGGUGGUGGAGCAGGCCUCUGGAAUGUCGGAUCGGUGGAAUCCUGCCGUUCGAAAGCGCAUGCUGAGUGACAGCGGCCUGGGGAAGAUGUCCCCGCACUACGAGGUACCUGAAAAACAAAAGGAGGCCAGCCAGAUGCCCCUGCUGCAGUCUCCAGUUUCUUCAGAGGAUCAAGCACUUUUACAGUCAGUAGUAGCUGGCGAUUUUCUAAAAUUCAUAGAAUGCUGUAAAAAGGGAGCUAAUCUGUUAAUCCAGGGACCUGACCACUGUUCCUUGCUUCACCACGCAGCCAAGACUGGGCAUGGAGAGAUUGUGAAGUACAUCUUGGACCAUGGUCCUUCUGCUUUGCUGGAUAUGACAGAUAGUGAAACGGGUGAGACAGCACUGCACAAGGCAGCCUGCCAGCGCCACCGCACUAUCUGCCAACUACUGGUAGAGGCGGGCGCGUCACUGAGGAAAGCGGAUUCCAAGGGUAAGACGCCUCGAGACAGAGCCCAGCAGGCUGGGGAUCCAGAUCUAGCUUCAUACCUGGAAAGUCGGCAGAACUACCAAGUGGUUCCCCAUGAAGACCUAGAGACUGCAGUGUGA